UUUGAUGUGCGUGGCCAACCUAGCAACACAGGCUUUCCCGCGAUGCUUCGCGGCAGAUGACUUCGUAAUCGUUUCCCGUCAUUCUCCGGGCCGCGCAGACUGGGGCAGAGAGGGGGCAAGAGAUGGCCGGGGUGCAAGGCGGAGAAGGCCCGGCUUCCGAGGCGGCCGGACCGGGCGGCGUGAAUGUGUUCGCCAACGAUGGUUCGUUCCUUGAGCUGUUCAAGCGGCGUAUGGAGGAAGCCGCUGCGUCGGGAGGAAAGAGUGGACCAGAAGCGGCGGCAGCUGGGGCCGAAAAGCAGAAAGAGACCGAACCGCGGCCAGAGCCGCCCGGGGACCAAGAGCCGCCGGGAAAGAAGCGGAGCGGGAGCGCCCUCAGCUUCGUGGGCAAGCGGAGAGGGGGCAGCAAGCUAGCCCUGAAGACAGGAGUGGUAGCCAAGAAACAAAAGACAGAGGAGGAGGUUUUGACAAAUAAAGGAGAUGCAUGGGCGAAAUAUAUGGCUGAAGUGAAAAAGUACAAAGCCCACCAGUGCAGUGAUGAUGAUAAAACCCGGCCUUUGGUGAAAUAACUUUUAUCUCCAGCCUGGACUGUCUGUGAUGUACAUAAUUAUUUAAAACAUCGAAGGAGUAGUGCUGCCCCUCAAGACUGAAUGCUGCCAUGGCAGCAGGUGACUUGCCAUACUUUUAUAUUUGAGAAUUUAGAGCCUCCUUCACUGGUUCAUUUAUUGUUUUCCCCUUCUUCUGAGAGCUAAGAACUUUGACUUAGUUGCCAGAUUUUUUUUAAUUUGUAACACCCCUCUCUCCAAAUAGUGGAAUUGGUCUGACAUUUCUUUCCCAGAAUCAUCAGGCAACAUACCUUUGCUGAUAAUCUUUCAGCAUUGAGCCUUUGCUUAAGAUUUUCUGUACAGCUGAACUUUCUACUAUGGGACGUGCUAAGAAGCUCUCUUUAUCAAAUUCAGUACCUCUUACUGUUGAAAAUAAAUUUAAAACGUGGUUGCAAAUAGCCAAUCAGUACUGCAGGCUGUAGUAAUCCCAGAGCAUGAAGUAAUCCCUCUCUGUCCACUAUGAAAGACAAGUGAUUCUGGGUCUCUUGGUAUGCUUAAUGUCUUGACAGUUCGGUAGCUGCAUUUCUGCCCUUGUUAUUCUCUUCCUACUCCAAUUUCACUGCAUAUUGCAAUGAAUUAAUGGGGUUUUAUCCUUAAUUCCAGCUGCUGCUGCUUAAGCUUUUUCCUAGCCUUUUCCUAUGCAUGCUCCAGUCUAUCAUUGGGGGAUAUUCUGUGUCUGUCUACCAUCUAAGAAGCAAAACACUUGGUCUGUUUUUGUACCAAGUAUUACAUAUUCGAGAAAAAAAUCACUAAAAUUACUAUAGAUGUUCCCUGGAAUGAAUUAAAUUCCAGAUACUAUAAUUCUAGCCUUUGACUGCUCCUCUGCCUCACUCCUAGGUGUUACAAGCAGAGUUCCUUGGCUCUGAGAGUAAGAACUGGAGUCUGAAGCCAUUGUAUUGAUAAUGGUUUGUUGCAUGCAUGGGACCCAUAUUCCUUCAUCACUUUUCUUUUUACUUACGUUGUUUGGUUUCUUACACUUUCCAUAAAAUAGUGUUAAAAUGGAAACAUAAGCACGUGACGUGAAUUUGGGCACUGAAUAUGACUGGGCGUGACAACUUCAUAUAAGGGCUUCUGGUACAUUUCCAGCAAUUGAUUUCAAGUCAAGAAACACUAAUGAGAUCUUCUGUUUUCUGGCUGGGGUACAGAAGCCAUUUUUGUUGUGCUGCAAUUGGGUUUCACUUCUAAAUUGUAUCCAGUUUGUGCCAUUUCCUUUCAAUAGGACAGGCUGAUUUUUGAGCUGCACUAUUUGUGAUAUUCACAGAGAUGGAUUUGUACUCUGAAGAAAAACCAGCUGAGGUUUGGUCUUACUAUUUGGGAGUGGCCUAAAUUUUUCUUCAAUAAAGGUUCACCACUAGAGUAGCUCUAUUAACUGGAAGCCAUUAGUUUCCACAAUCAGUACAUCUUGGGCUGUUGUGUAAUGCAUCUGAAGAACAAUGCUUUCCUUAAUCAGGGAUCUUUAAGUACUUUUGCUGGAACUUCACACAAAACAGAGUCUGUUCCACUUUUCUUCUGAACAGUUGCUUCCCUCACUACUGACUCUUCAGUAAAAAAUGUCUCUCUGAACAUCUGAGUGUUCUUUAGUGUAACUAAGAACUCUGGUUACAUAAUAGUUUUUUCAUGCAUACACACAAGCAUGUAGGAACUACUUCUGAAUAUGGCAAGGGAGUGGUUAGACAAAACAAAAACAUAAUUCCAUUUUUGGCUCUCCAGUGCAUUUAGUCUGACAUAAUGUCAUAUGAGAGAAUGCUGUUAAAAGCCUGGGGAAAAAAAUGGAGGUUUAACUUUUUCACUGGUAUCUGAUUUCCAGCCUGCUGUAAAGUGAUGGCAAUUUGCUUCUUUGUGCUACACUUGAUCAGGCUUCCUUCUU